AUGGGCAGCUGCAAUUCUGUGGAAGAUCACUCAGCACCAGGAGCGGUGAAGCUCACGGCUUCCGGGAGCCACUUGGAGUUAGACCUCCUUGCGUCAGCUGUCCCGAGGUCGUCCGACGACACGCCGCCCCAAAUUACCUUGGAACCCAUGCCACAUCAAGUGGGUGAUCAGGAAGCCACCCCGACGUUCAACCUCGCUUCUGCCCUGGCCGACAAUUCUCCUGGAAAAUCAUCGAAGGAUCCAAAGGUCAAGGCAAGAUUACAUAUGGCCGGAGACCUUUGCAGUGCAGCGCUCGAAGGAGACCUCGAAGAGCUGAAGCGCCUCCUCGACGCUGGCUAUGAGGUGAAUGCAGGCGAUUACGACCGCCGGGCGGCCAUCCACAUCGCUGCUGCCGAGGGCCGCGAGGAGGUCGUAGCAUUGCUGCUAUCCCACGCAGCGGAUGCGACCGUUGUAGAUCGCUGGGGUCACAGCCCAUUAGACGAGGCCGUCCGAGCUGGACACAGCAAGGUGGCAGCGAUGCUCAAACCAGUGGCGUCGUCGGAAGGAAGCAAGUUUGAAAGGCAAACGUCUGGAAUGGAGACAGCGGCCAUGCUCUGUGCUGCCGCUGCCACUGCAUGGUUGCCGCAGAUCGAGAAGCUGCUGCUUAGCAGAGCUGACCCCAGUGCGGCUGACUACGAUGGUCGUACGGCGCUGCAUAUUGCUGCAGCCCGUGGGCAUGCCGAGGUGGUCAAGAUGCUGCUUCGCGCAAAGGCUAGCCCGACAGCCCACGACUCCUUCGGCAAGACUCCAGUGGACGAGGCCUUUCAGCACAACGAUCCGGCAGUGAUGAGAGCAUUGGCAGAAGCCGGCGCAAAGAUUCUCGACGAAGCGGCCGGGCAGAAAAACACCGACUUUGAGGCACUGAAGACCAUGGCAGCAUCUGAGCACUGGUCGAUUGUUGCCUCGGAGGUGCAGUUUGGAAAGUGUUUGUCCACAACCAUCAAGAGCGCGGUUUACCUGGCAACAUGGCGCGGGUUGAAGGUCGUAGCAAAGACUGUGAAGGACGUGAGGGCCUCCGGUCUCAAUACGCGCCGCCAAGAUGAAGCAAGUGAUUCUACUGUUCAAAUUGCGCGGGACGAGCUGCUGCAUGAGAUCAGGACAUUGUCCACCCUGCGACACCCGGACCUUGUACUGUUUUUGGGUGCCAGCCUGGACACUGAUACCUGCUUCUUCCUCACAGAGUACAUGGAGGGUGGAGAUGUGGAGACGUACAUGCGGGCCAAUCGGAUCAAGACAAACAGCAAGGAGUUCAAGCCGCCAUACCACGUUGCGCUGUCUUGGUUCCUCUCUACGGCGAGGGCGUUGUCAUUCUUGCAUGGUUGUGCUCGACCCAUUAUUCACCGAGAUCUGAAGCCUCUGAACCUCCUGUUGACGAAAGGACUGGAGUUGAAGGUCACAGACUUUGGCUUGAGCAAAAUAAUGCGUCCAAAGCUCUUGGAUCGGUCUGGGAAGGACGUGUCACCGGCGCCCAUGAUGUCUGGCGGUGUGGGCACGUAUCGGUACAUGGCUCCAGAAGUUGUUCGUUACGAGCAGUACACAGACAGAAUCGACAUCUAUGCUUUUGCCCUCAUCAUGUAUUAUAUAGCUUCAGGCAGAAUGCCAUUUUUCGACUUCUGCGGCGACGAUCCUGAGCAGGUGCUUCGAGCCUACCUUAAGGGGCACGAGCCCAGACCAUCCCUCAGCUCGUCAUGCGGCACACCUGAGCUGCGCAGCCUCAUGCAGGAUGACCCUUGGCUUGAAAUUAUUCUGCACGCAGUGUUGGGGCGUGGGGUCUUUCUCCUCAGCAAAAGGUACCCUAAACACCCAGCCAGUCACCGCGCAUCUUUUUGCCAACAAAAUUUAGAGCCCAUUCCAGCAGCCAAGACAGCUGCCAUUCUCUCUCUCACACAGACUACCUCGCUCGCACUCGCUCUCCCUCUCUGCCCCAACUUCUGUGAGACUUCUGUAAGACGCUUCAGUCUGCUUCGUCCAAGCCGGUUUCUUCUCCGUGGCUCGGCCAGUCCUCCCUUCUGA